GCGGGACCGAGGCUCGGGUUCCCGAGGAGGCGCCUGCGACAGGAAGAGGGGACUUGGAGUGGCAGGCUCGCUGGCCAAUCGGGACGAGGAGAGCGAAUCCUGGCGAGUGGGGUCUGGCGCGUGGAAGGCUCGAAGGCGUUACUGAACAAGUUUCAAUGUGAACUGGUGGGCUCUCCUUAGGGGAGACGUAGACGGAAACCCACGCAGAGAGCUCUGGACAGUUUGCACAGUUUGCGCACCCUUUAAGGGUUUAUUAUAAACCAGCUUUGUAGGCCCCAGGGAAAAGAAGGACUGUGUGCAGCCUUUUGGAAAACAGGAGAACAACAGUAACCAAAUCAUCUCCUGUGGCUGUCACCUGGGGUCUUCUGAGUCCUAACAGACUGUGGUUUCCUUCCGGGAGCUCAUGCUGCCUGCAGCAGAACCGCCCGAGAGGACAUGGAACAGCUUGGUUCUGGCUUACAUGUACGUUGCUACCAGAGAUAACUGUUGCAUCCUAGAUGAGAGAUUCGGUAGUUACUGCCCAACCACCUGUGGUAUCGAAGACUUCCUGUCCUCUUACCAAACCAACGUGGACAAUGACCUCCAGGCUCUAGAAGACAUCUUAGCUCGUGCUCAAAACAGAACCACAGAAGCCAAUGAACUGAUCAAAGCAAUACAAGUUUACUACAACCCCAACCAACCCCCAAAGCCAAAUAUGAUAGACAGUGCCACUCAGAAGUCUAAGAAGAUGACAGAGGAAAUUAUGAAAUACGAAGCCCUGAUAUUAACACAUGAGACAAGUAUUCGGUAUUUACAGGAAAUAUAUAAUUCAAAUAACCAGAAGAUCACAAACCUGAAACAGAAGGUUGCCCAGCUUGAAACUCAGUGCCAGGAGCCUUGCAAAGACACCGUGCAAAUCCAUGACACAACUGGAAAAGAUUGUCAGGAAAUUGCCAACAAGGGCGCCAAAGAAAGCGGACUUUACUUCAUCCGGCCUUUGAAGUCUAAACAGCAGUUCUUAGUGUACUGUGAGAUCGAUGCAUCUGGAAACGGCUGGACGGUGUUGCAGAAGAGGCUUGAUGGCAGUCUGGAUUUCAAGAAGAACUGGGUUCAGUAUAAAGAAGGAUUUGGACACCUGUCUCCUACUGGCACCACAGAGUUCUGGCUGGGGAAUGAGAAGAUUCAUUUGAUAAGCAUGCAGUCCACAAUCCCAUAUACACUGAGAAUACAGCUCAAAGAUUGGAAUGGCAGGACCAGCACUGCAGACUAUGCCAUGUUCAGGGUGGGUCCUGAAUCUGACAAAUACCGCCUGACCUAUGCCUACUUCAUUGGUGGAGAUGCUGGGGAUGCCUUUGAUGGCUACGACUUUGGUGAUGAUCCCAGUGACAAGUUUUUCACAUCCCACAAUGGCAUGCAGUUCAGUACCUGGGACAACGAUAAUGAUAAGUUUGAAGGCAACUGUGCUGAACAGGAUGGAUCCGGUUGGUGGAUGAACAAAUGUCAUGCUGGCCACCUCAAUGGAAUUUAUUACCAAGGCGGCACUUACUCAAAGGCUUCUACGCCCAAUGGCUAUGACAAUGGCAUUAUUUGGGCCACGUGGAAAACCCGCUGGUAUUCCAUGAAGGAAACUACCAUGAAGAUAAUUCCCUUCAACAGACUCUCCAUUGGAGAUGGACAGCAACACAACAUGGGGGGAUCCAAACAGGCUGGAGACGUUUAAAGAACAUUUCAAAGCUGGUUUGCUUUUUUAAAGGACUUUAUCCAAGCAGAGAAAUAUAAUAUUUUCUUAUGGGACAAUGGACUUUCAAAGCCUCACUUCAUUUUAAGAGUUAACAGAAUCCAUGUUGAAAACUCCAUUAGCAGUUUUAUGCUGGCAAUAAUGUAUCUACAUGCAUUUCAAUAAACAUUUUUUUCCUAA